AUGAACAACACUCAACCUGAACUUGUAGACAUAGAGGUUCAUCAAGAGAAAGUGCAUUCAGCUGAUUCUACCACCACAACUGCCACCCCAACAUUGGCCUGUGAUUAUGCCAUCCUGGGUGGUGGUAUCUCAGGUGUUUUCACUGCCUACCAACUUGCAAAGAAUGGAAAGAACAAUAUCUGUGUGGUUGAAUCUACUGAUAGACUUGGUGGUCGAUUGGAAACUUUCACAUUGGGUAAUUCUAAAAAGUAUGAUAUUGGUGGUAUCAGAGUUAACAAUCAACAUACUGUCAUGAAGAAUCUUGCUAAGGAAUUGAAUAUUACUCUCGUUGGUGGAUAUUACUUGGAUAAGAGUGAAGCUCAAGAUUUGAAUUUGCCAAGUAAUGUCUUGAUGGUCUCUAGAGAUGUUAGUACCAAUGAUAAGAACGUUUUGAGAAGUCAAGCUUAUCCAAAGGCAACUGGUGCUGUGAGUGGCUGGGAUGUAUUGCUUGGAACUUCAAGUGAAUUCUUUAUCAAUUCCACAUUGCAAGAUACCUUCUCUUUCACACAAGCUGGAUUGGGAAGUGCUGAAGAAAUGUCCUAUUUCCAAUCUACCUUCAGAUUCAGAGGUGAUUUCCAAGCUGUUGAUAGAAAGACCUAUGCUGAAUUUGCCAAUGUUGAUUCUAUUGACCCAUUGAACUUUUAUCCGGUUGGUGGUAUGGGAGAAUUUGUUAGAAAAAUGUCACUCAUUGCUCAACAAAGUGGAAAGGUCAGAUUCCUUUUAUCUGAAACUGUUCAAACCAUCAAUCCACACUCAAGCAGUACUACCAACAAGAAAUACCGCAUCCAAACAUGUUUGAGAAAUAUAGAAGCAAAGAACGUUGUGAUUGCCAUUCCACCACUUGCCUUGAAAGAUAUCAAGGGAAGCAUUGCUGCCACAUUGAAUGCUGAACCUGCAUUCAAACAAUCCAAGCCACUUCCAGUCUCCACCAUCACCAUGAGAUUCCAACAAAGAUGGUGGGAACAAGCUUCACCAGCCAGAAGAAUCUGGACUGAUUCCAAUUGUAUCCAACUCAUUGAAAUUCCAAUUACUCCAAGUGGUAUCGAAAGUAAUGCCUUCAGAGUUUCCUAUGCUGAUGGACAUUGUGCCAGAGAGUGGAAUGACCUAUAUCUAGGUGGUGGAAAGUCUCUGAUUGAGAAGACCAUCCUCCAAUACUUGACGGCUAUCUAUCCUGGAGUGUCCAUUCCACAACCUCUUGAAACUGUAUUCAAAUUAUGGCCUGAUGCUUGGUAUUUUGAACAACCUAGUGCUGCAGUUACUUUGGCUGAUAAACAAAAGUGGGCCUUGAAUCCUAUCCAGAAUGAAAAUGUUGUACUUGUUGGUGAAGCCUUCCAUUUAGAGAGAACAUGGUCAGUAGGUGCUGUAAAGUCUGCUAUUGAUGCUUUGAAUCAACGUUUUGGUGUAAAGACUAAUUAUUAAAUAACAAUAUUGCCAUUCUCUUCCUACAUGUUGAUAAAAAAUUCGUGAUGAUUUGGCGAGAGAAGUGUUGUGUUUU